AAUAUUUCAGAUAAGUAGAAUAAUGUAAAUGGUUGCAAUAAAAAUGACAAUGUGAUCAAUUCAUGUGUUUUUCUUAUACAGCCACGGGGAUGCUAAGGAUACUAGAAGAAAUAAAGGCUCAGGUACAUGUCAACACAAGGCAUCUACAUGCAGUUCUUCGCAAAGUAGAUCUUCCUGAUGAAACUACCGACACCACAGAAGACAUGUCACAACUUCCUUUGUCUUCAUUAAUCCGUCAACGAAAUAAAUUCACCGCCAAUGCAACGGACAGUGAAAUUGGCCAUAUUGUCAAAGACUGGCUGCGAUUUGCUGGCGAUGGGGGGAGGAAACUAAUUGUUCAGAAGGCGGAGGCCAAUAAUCAUAUCUUAACACAACAAAGGUGUCAAUAAUAUCAUUAAUUUUUGUUCUUUGUACUUGUAAUGCUGGAAAGAAAGCGAAAGAUCUCGUCAAAGAUAGAUGUCAACGUUUGUCGAGCGACAAAACAACUGUCACUAAACGACAAAAUUACCGUUAAUAAAAGCUACUUCAACAUUGUGCCAACAGUGGCUCAACAUCUAGUAUCGUUAUUCUAAAGUUGACCCAACCGAAAUACAAUCUUCUUAACAUUGAGAUAAAACAUUGCGCCAACAUUGUACCAACUGUGGAAGCCAACGGUGGCACACUUAGCAAAAUUUCGUUUGCUCAUCAUUAUUUACAUACGUAAGCCCAACAGAAU